CACAUUCAACAUUCCGCUGUUCGACCGAUAGAGGAACAGCACUGUGGAUUGUUUGUCAAUAUCUUCGAGUUAGUUAAUUUUUACUGACUUUUAUAUGUAAAGCAAUCAAUUUACGAUGACACGAAAGGCCGAAAAAAUAUCUUGACUGUAAAUGUGUCAGAGUGUAUAGUGUACGUGUAUAGAACACACGGAUAAUACUGUCAAGGAGAACGUCGUAUAUGUGCAAUAAUGCUACUUUUAUAUGCAAGUCAGGAAUUCCAUCUGUUUCAUUAAGGAAAAGAAUGUUUGGAACUCUUGCAUUACAAAGAGUAUCUAAUCUUUCUUAAAUUAAUUUUUUUAUUUUAUAUGUUACCAUGGAUGUUUAAUAAAACUACCAGCUUUCCAAGUGAAAAAAUAAAAAUUUAUAAUACAAAAAAAAACGGAUAACUCUUGACGAUAAAAAAGUUCCAUAAAUUGGUACUUUUAAUCGAUACAAUUUAAAAAAUGUACAUCAGAAUGAUACUACAAAGAAAUAUAGGUGGUUUAUAUAGUAAAGAUGAAUAUGUCAGACAACUGUGUAUCCUGUUUAGUUGAUGCACAGAAUAUUGUCUUAGACAAUUGUCGAUUACCUUUAUUGCAUAUCUUUAAUCUUGCUCUUUUGGAGCAAUCCGAUUGUCAUAAAGUAACCAGUGUUCAUAAAAUCACUUUUAAUGAGGCUGAAAGCACAUAUAGGAAGGCUAACUCUCUUUUGAGAAAGUACAGUGUUCUACAACUGACUUUCAUGAACAAUGAACCAUUCGGGAAGUGGAAAACGUCAGGCGAAGGUUUUGGAAGAAAAUUAUUGGGAUUGCAGUGUCUGCACAUAUAGGAAUACCGCAGAAGCAUUUAAGUGCCUCAUGUGUGACGUCCGCAAAGGAACUUCCACGCGGAAACCCCGCAUUAAUCCCCAACUUGUGGCACAACAGGUUGCGCAGCAACAAUAUGUACCACUUUUAAAGCCAGGGAAAAAAGAAGGCGGAAGUGGAGGUAGUACAGCUAGUAGUGGUAAAGAGAAAGACCGUAAAUUGGACAAACCACGACGUAAAAAUAGGCAUCCGCCGCGUCUUAAAAAUAUAGAUCGCAGUACAGCUCAAACCAAUGAAGUGACAGUAAAUAACGUUACUGUCGUUAUUACGGAAUAUAAGCCCAAAGUGAAAAAAAGUUCAGAUCAGUCUGGUUUAUCUAGCAGUGCUUCUUCUGAAAAUGGAAGUCAACACGAUUCUAAUCAAGACUCUAGAAGUUUGGAUAUAGGAACUGAUGCUUAGCUCAAUGUGCUAUAUCACAUAUGUGUAUGAAUUAAUCUAAUUAAUAUAUUAUAUAAUGUAUGUCAAUCUCUAUGGACUACGGUACAUUCUGUAGACAAAAACAAUUAUUUUGUCUAUGUGUUGCAGGUUAUAUAACAUUUAAUGAGGUCAGACGUUUUAUGCUAUCAGUGGAAUCAUUGAAUUUUUAUGACUUGAAUAUGAAAUAAGAAAUAUGACAUAUACAUUGUUAUUUCGUAUUAACAUCAAAAUUGUCUGUUUCAUAAAAAUGAUCUAGUUUAUAUCCAGAUGCAUUAACAGAAGUUGUACUUAAUGUUAUUUAUUCUAUAGUAUCAGUAUUCUAAAUUACAAAUUUAAUAUUUAAUUGAAUAUUUUAGUUAAUUUUGUUUGUGCAACUUCAAAUAUUACUUAUCCAUCUUAUAUAAUAUUGACUGUAACAAACGCAUUAUAUGCAUUAAUAAUGCAUAUAGAAUUUGAUAUAUCCAUUGUUGCCAUAAUAAUGUCCACAUGACUUUCAUUGAAUCUAUUAACACCACUGCCAGAAAGCAUCUUGUAAGAUUAUUGUUAAUUAAAAUGUUUUAGCGAACUCAUUUAUGUAUGAGUUAUUUAACUUGUUUAUUUAAUAAUUACUGUGACAGCGAAUUAAGAAACUGGCAUCGGUACGUAUACACCUUUAUCCCAUUCCAAAUCAUUCGCUCCAAGCUUUAUACUUUCAUAGUGAUUAAUUCCAUUCAUGUAAAAAUUUCUAGUUUGUAUAUGACAGUUUAUGCAAUUAAAGUAUGUAACAUAAUAUAAAAUGGAAUACGA